GGUUUUAACCAUAACACCGCCCCAUCGAUGUCUGCUUUUAAGAGACAGUAAAGUGCCAACGCGUAUACUUCCACAAAUCUGAGGAAACGCAACAGUUGCCUGUUCCACUGAUAAAUUGGGAAGAUGCAGUCACUGCUAUUGCUGGCAACCCUGACUGUGUUGGUCGGGGUCACACUGACCGUACCUGCGCAGGAAAAACGAGUGCAUCAUCAACGUGACCUUAGUGACCAUGCCCACGACGAUUCCCAUGGAUACCAGUAUGAUCACGAGGCCUUCCUGGGCAAAGAGGAAUCCAAAACCUUUGACCAGCUGACCCCAGAGGAAAGCAAAACCCGGUUGGGAAAAAUUGUGGACCGCAUUGACACAGACAAGGAUGGGCUGGUCAGCCAUUCAGAGCUGCACUACUGGAUCAAACACAGACAGAGGAGGUACAUCCAGGAGAAUGUGGACAAACAUUGGAAAGAGUAUGACCAGAAUAAGGAUGGGAAGAUUGCAUGGGAGGAGUACAAGAACACCACCUAUGGAUAUUAUCUCAAUGAUGAGUUUGAUGAUGUUGAUGACAAAGCCAGCUACAAGACCAUGCUGAAGCGCGAUGAGAGGCGAUUCAAAGCCGCUGACCGCGAUGGGGACCUCAUUGCCACUAGAGAGGAAUUCACUGCCUUCCUCCACCCUGAGGACUACGACCACAUGAAGGACAUCAUCGUCCAGGAAACUCUUGAAGACAUUGACACGAAUGGUGAUGGCAAGAUCAACCUGCACGAGUACAUUGGUGAUAUGUACACCCCGGGGGAUGGGGAGAGUGAACCCGACUGGGUCCAGACGGAGAAGAAACACUUCUUAGAGUUCAGGGACACAAAUAAGGAUGGCUUGCUGGAUGCUGGUGAGGUGGCUAACUGGAUCCUGCCUGGAGAAGUAGACCAUGCAGAUAAUGAAGCAAGACAUCUAAUCCACGAGACGGACACAAAUAAGGAUGAGAAAAUCUCCAAGAAAGAAAUUUUAGCCAAUUGGAACAUGUUUGUGGGGAGCCAAGCAACCAAUUAUGGUGAAGACCUCACCAGGAAACACGACGAGCUCUGAUCCCAUCACCCAGUUUCGGGACAGAGUGAAUUGGGAUAGCGGGUGGGGGUUAGGUUGUUUAAAAAGUUGUAGGGAUUAGGAAAGGUACAAUAUUCAUGGAGUUGACUGUUACUAUUACUUAUGGGAUCUGUUACGUCUACAUGGGUGGGGAGGGGAGGGGUGUUUUAUGACCUAUUGUGGCCUUAAUUGAAGGGCCAUUGAGCACUGAACUUUUAAGUUGAGGAUUGCUCAAAUGUGAAGUGUGGUGGCCUUAAACAUCUUUUUAUUUAAGCCAUAUCCAGAUUCAACAGGUUGAAUAUCCAUAUCCAAUCCAGAGUUUACUGCUCACUAACUGCAAUUUCAGUUUCAGUCCCUUAAUCCUGAAAGACCAUACACUGUUAGAUUGUGGAUAACCAUAGGCUACAGAUACUCGUUAACUAAACUGUGCCUUUAGCAUGAUUUUGAGAUUUCUGUCAGGAAUGUGUCCACGGAGAGCCUAGGCAGCCUAUGAUUCCACACACUCCAUUCGUGUGCAGAUGAUUGUGUUGUACAGAUACACUAUUUACAUAUUAGUGUUUGAAGGACUGGUUUAUGUUUCUGGGUCAACCAUGUGUGAGGGGGUAGGAGAGGUAUGGGGGUUUUUUUUAUGGGAAGGGAGGUCCAAGGUGUUGAAAAAGGAAUAUUCCAUUGGGGGAUAAGUCACAAAAUGUGUUUAGAUAACAGAUCAUUUUUUACACACGUACACAGAACACAAAGAGAUACACUCCAUUAAUUCACUCACAGGUCAGCUUGUUGAACAGCUGAACCCUCUCACACAGGUGCACACACACUCCGUGUUCUGCUUUCCAUGCUACACACUCACGCACAUCUGCAAAGCAGAAUCCGCCCAAAGGCAGUUAGAAUGCAUUGUGGAGGAGAAUGAAAAACAAGGAGGCAGUUGGAGACAUUAGUAGGAGAAGAAAGUGACUAUCACUGUUUUCUAGUGGAACAUUUUUCUCUCUGUGAAUUCUCAAUAAAGCCAUGUUGGUUUAAAUCAAAA